ACUUAUAUACGUAAAAGUUCUUUUCAUUUUCCUUUUUUACCAGGCUUUAUGUCCGUCACUUGCUUCUGCUUUCCCCUUUCCUACCAAAAAGCCCUAGCUCACAGCAACUGCCGACCAGAUUGCCGCCGCGUUCCGCCUAUUACCGGUUAUAUUCCCGGCGUCUGAGCUCUCCGAGCAUCUCGGCGAGCUCCUGCUUCAUUUGCGCGCGGAAUUUCGGGCUUUUUGCGGGCACUACAUGCGAUCCGAGAAGAAAAGAGGCAUUGCUAUUUUGUUGUGAACCAUUUGUGAGACAUCACCCACUGCUGCGAAUCCUGUUGGUGGAUCUCAAUGUUGUCUAAGGGUGGUUAGUGGAACUAUGGACUGUUUACAGGCUGUCUUUCUCAAGGGUUCUCUGUGCCAACAGCUCUUAUUACUCAUCAUCUGGUUAUCUAGUUUUCAAAAUGUAAUGGCACUGGGAUCAGCUCUCGAAUCUGCCCAUGUUUCCUCCACAUCUGUUCUAGCUAAUCCACCUACUAGUGGACUUUUUGAACCUAUUGAAAUAUCACCUGCUGUUAUUCCCCAUUUACCAAAUCCUGGGGAACCAGUGUCGCCAAUGUACCCAACUUUUCCAACUACAUAUGAACCGGUAUUGACUGGAAAGUGCCCUGUAAACUUUUCUGCUUUAUCAAGUAUCAUGGACAAAACAGCAUGUGAUUGUUUCGAAAAUUUUGCAGCGGUUGUAGGAAAUGUAGUGUGUUGUCCUCAGUUUAGUAGUUUGGUCCACAUCUUCCAGGGCUACUACAAGGAUAAAUCUGAUAAAUUAGUUUUGCAAAGUGAAGUUGCUAAUGAUUGUUUUCAAGAUAUCAUCAGUAUAUUAACAAGCAGACGAGCGAACAAUACGAUAUCUACAAUUUGCUCCAUAAAAUCAUCAAAUUUUACUGGUGGGGUUUGUCCUGUGAAGGAUGUUGCCACCUUUGAGAAAGCAGUAAAUACAAGUAAAUUAUUGGAGGCCUGCAGCACUGUUGAUCCUCUUAAGGAGUGCUGCCGACCUGUUUGCCAGCCUGCAAUCAUGGAAGCUGCACUUCAGAUCUCAGUAAAACAAUCGACAGAUCAUGAGAAUACAAAUGUAAUUGGAGAGCCUAAUCAUAUAGAUCCUCUUAAUGAUUGUAAAGGCGUGGUAUUUUCCUGGCUUUCGAGGAAACUAUCAUUAGAUGCUGCCAAUACUGCAUUUCGUAUAUUAUCUGCCUGCAAAGUUAACAAAGUUUGCCCUUUGGAUUUUAAACAGCCGACAGAUGUAAUUGAAGCAUGCCGCAAUGAUGGUGCUCCCAAUCCUUCCUGCUGUAGCUCAUUAAAUACUUACAUUGCUGGGAUACAGAAACAUCUAAUUACAAAUAAACAAGCUAUAAUCUGUGCAACAAAAUUGGGUUCCAUGUUACAGAAAGGUGGUGUCAUGACAAAUAUGUAUGAUCUUUGUGAUGUUGACUUGAAAGAUUUUAGUGUCCAAGCAGCAUAUGGACAAGAAGUAGGGUGUCUGUUGCGAAGUCUGCCAGCAGAUAUGGUGUUUGACAACUCUACUGGCUUGAGCUUUACAUGUGACUUGAAUGACAAUGUUGCAGCUCCAUGGCCAUCAUCAUCAUCAAUUUCAUCUCUGUCCUUCUGUGCUCCCGAGAUGUCAUUACCUGCAUUGCCAACGUCAGAAAUCUUGGGAAAUGGUGAGCAUUUCCUCUUUGUGGGACAUUUAGAUGCUUCAUAUGAAUAUUUUGAGUGUGGCAUUUGUCUCGGGGAAAGACAAAAAGUGGAGAGUAGCAGUAAACAUGUUCUCAUGGUGGUCAACAGGAUCUUAAAUUUUGCUGUUGGUGUAGUGGUUCAGGACUCCUUUUAUCCUUUUUCUCAUUUUUUAUUUUCAGUACAUUAUUGUACUGAAGAGAAUCUGGCUGAGGGUGGGUCGAGCUGAGCUUGUUUGCUUUGGAGGCUUUGAGCUUGACAAUUGAGUGGCCAGAUUACAUGUACAUUUUGUGUACCCAUUUUCAUGUAUAGAAGCUGUUUUCUUCUGGUUAUUUUUUGUGGACUCAUUUGGCUCCCGUGCAUUUUUGGAAAGUUUGGCUUGCAAUUUCUGGCUAGGGAUGCAAGUCUGAAGAUUCCAGGGAUGGUCAAGUUGCAGGUAACAUGUUGUGGAAGUGGUAUGCAUCGUUUGGCUUCGAGUGUGCUGCAAAUUGAGUUAUGGAUUUUGCAGGCCAGAUAGGUAGUUUAUUGUAAUACAAAGUAGUGUUCUGCAAACCGGAUCAGACCAGCUUAUUCCCCGCUGAAACUGGGAUUCUUGCACUUAGAACAAUGAGUUUGGGGAAGGUUAUUUAACAAAAUUUGGGUGAACUAUGAGGGGAUUAAGUCCGUGUAUUUGCGGAGGGAGCUUGUUGAUAAAACCCCAAUAUAAUUCAGAAAGCAAUGAUCCCAGAAAGAGAGCAUGAUUGUUGUAGGAUGUUUGACUUGACCACUUUACCUUUGGGUUUAAUCUUUAUUGUACAUAAUCCCUUUUUUCUUCUCA